GCGCGGCCUGCCGUGGAGGUGGCCCCGGCGCUCCCCACACAGUCACACUCCGCGCACUCACACACUUGGAAGCGCCUCCCCACGUCCCUCCCCUGCCCUCCUCUGGCUCUGCUCUUCUCUCACCGCAAAUAGUCGCCGACCGACUGCCAAUCCGUCUCUCUCUCUCUCCCUCUCUCUCUCUCUCUCUCUCUCUCUCAACAACAUGACUGACUGGGAAGCGGUGGCUCAGGCAGAGCAGCUCUGCUGGCGCAGGCAGGAGAAGGAGGAUUAUUAAAAAAACACAGCUCGACUCUGCAACUGGAGUGGAGAGAAGGAGCCCAACAGCCGAGAGGGGAGGGAGGGCAGAGGAGGGGGACCAGGAAAGACACCCCCGUGCCCCGAAGACACACAUUCCUGAGUGCCCAGGAGGAGCCUUAACAAGCGGCGCGGAGCCCUUCAAGGCUGCUAAAUUGGCUGUCACAGCUCAAGCCUUGGAGUCCCAAUGGGGGACUCAGGAUCAAGACGAUCUACCCUGGUCUCCCGGUUGCCAAUAUUCAGAAGAAGUAUUAGCAGAAGACAUGAUUCUCUUCCUUCUUCGCCCUCCUCCAGUAAUACAGUUGGUGUCCACAGUUCCUCUCCUUCCAGCACGAAUUCAAGCUCAGGUAGUACAGGUAAACGCAGGAGCAUAUUCCGUACUCCUUCCAUUAGUUUCCACCAUAAGAAAGGAGGUGAACCUAAGCAAGACACUACCAACCAGAACCUUAGUAUUUCAAAUGGUGCUCAAUCUGGUCAUAGCAGUAUACAGAAACUGAGUUUGGAAGAACAUAUUAAAACCAGGGGAAGACAUUCUGUUGGUUUUAGUAGUUCACGAAGUAAGAAAAUAACGAGAUCCUUGACAGAAGAUUUUGAAAAGGAAAAGGAGCACUCAACUAAUAAGAAUGUCUUUAUAAAUUGCCUAAGUUCUGGCAAAAGUGAAGGGGAUGAUUCUGGAUUCACAGAAGAACAAACUCGCCGUUCUGUUAAGCAGUCAACAAAGAAGCUACUCACUAAAUCUUUUUCAUCUCACUAUAAAUUUUCUAAGCCAGUUCCACAGAGCCAAUCCAUUUCAUUGGUACAACAGUCUGGAUUCUCAUUGGAAAUUACACAGUACCAGGAGAGAGAACCUGUAUUAGUAAGAGCUUCUCCAUCUUGUUCUGUGGAUGUAACAGAACGGGCAGGAAGCUCUUUACAAUCACCCCUGCUUUCUGCUGAUCUUACAACAGCUCAGACACCUUCAGAGUUCUUAGCCUUGACUGAAGAUUCUGUGUCUGAAGCAGAUGCAUUUCCUAAAAGUGGAAGCAUGGCAUCCCACUGUGAGAACUUUGGCCACAAUGAUUCUACCUCUCAGAUCUCUCCCAAUCCUGCUGCUGUUACAAAGACAACAAUAGACCUUAUGGGAACUGUUCCCUGUGCAAUUAUGUCUCCUGGGAAAUACAGGUUAGAAGGCCGAUGUAGCACUGAAUCUAAUUCCUUACUAGAAACCUCUGCUGCUAAUCAGAAGGAAGUGUUAUUGCAAAUCACUGAACUACCUGUUAUGAAUGGGAACAAGUCAGAGACUCAUCUAUCAGGAGAUAUGCAAAGAGAAGAACAUAAAGUAGUACAAAAUGGUGAAACAAUGUUGGCAACAAGCUCUCCGAGGAAACUUGGAUUUUAUGAGCAACAUAAAGCAAUAAGUGAUCGUGUUAAAGGGAUUCAUCCUAUUUCAGAUUCAAGGAUAAUACCCUCUUCUGGUGAUCAUCAUAUUUUUAACAAAACAUCAUAUGGAUACGAAUCAAAUCCUGCCAAAGUUCUUGCCAGUAGCUUCAGUCCAUAUCGUGAAGGGAGAUUUAUAGAGAGGCGAUUGCGAUCCUCAUCUGAAGGAACUGCAGGGAGUAGCAGAAUGAUUUUGAAACCAAAAGAUGGAAAUGUAGAAGAAGUGAACAGUCUAAGAAAGCAAAGAGCAGGUUCAUCAUCUUCAAAAAUGAACAGCAUGGAUGUUUUGAAUAAUUUGGGAUCUUGUGAACUGGAUGAAGAUGAUCUAAUGCUUGAUCUGGAAUUUUUAGAGGAACAGAAUCUUCAUCCUUCAGUUUGCCGGGAGGAUUCAUACCACUCUGUAGUCUCAUGUGCUGCUGUGGUCCUUACUCCUAUGGAACCAACCAUAGAAAUGAAGAAAAGAGAAGAACUAAAAUUUCCUGAACCUUCCAAACAAUGCAGGUUGGAUACCAGAGGAAGAGUGGCCCAAGAGGAGUUGAAGAGAGCAAUGGGGUAUUUAUUUAUAAGGAAGAAAUACUUCACUUGUUUUCUUAUUGCAAAAUGUGCACUCUCUUGGGGUGGGGGAACUAUAUAACAUACUCAAAAUUAAGUAAUCUUUGCCAGUAAAGUAUGCUAUCUACUGAUAUUUUAUACUUACCAAGAUGGGAAUUUUCUAAGAGGACAACAAUAACUUGAGAGGUGCUUGAUCCUUUUUAAAAUCUUUUACUUUUGUUUAGCUGCUAAUCCCAUUACUUCCUGUUUUAUUUGAGGUUCUGUAUCAUCCUGACUUACUUAACCAAAUAUUUCCGGGUAGCCUUUUAGCAAAUAAACUUUUCAUUCAUUUACAUUUUUUUUUCAAAAUUACAUCUUCCAAUUCCUUAGAGCUACCACAAAUUAAUCUAGAAUAGUAUAUUAUUGUGACCAAAAACAAGUUUUGUAAACCAGUUGAAGUUGAGAAGGAUGAAGAACAUCAAUGACAUAAGAGCCCAGUUACUGUUCUACGUAUCUGUAUCAAAAUUGAAAAAGAAGCAAGGGAGAUAGAGAACUAACAUCCAAACACUUGAAAAGAAGUAUGUUUGUUUAGUAUCUCAUCAUAAGGGCUUGGGGAAUGGGAUAGUGGUGGAUGUCAUAGUAGGUGAAAAUCACUUCAUAGUGAUUAUUAACAUCUUUCUAAUUGGAAAUUUUAUUUGAAUAUUGUUAUUUAAAACAUAAGAUGACCUGGCUUGCCAGUAGAUUUUUAAUUUUUUUUUCCUUUAAGUUUAUUUAUUUGAGAGAGAGUAUGAGGGAGAGCUGGGGAGAGAGGCAGAGAGAGAGGGGUACAGAGAAUCCCAAGCAAAUUCCACACUGUCAGCACAGAGCGCAGAGAGCUGAACCCCAUGCAGGGCUUGAACUCAAGGAACCAUGAGAUUAUGACCUGAGUUGAAAUCCAGAAUCCAACACUUAAUCUGCUGAGCCACCCAGGGGCCCCUGCCAGUAGAUGUUUAAAACUUAUUCUUCAAUGUGCAAUUUGAAUGUGGGGAAAUGAUUAGUUAGGUAUAGUACUGUAAUAAGCAUUUGAGGAGUACAUUUACACUUGAGAAUUUAGAAAAAAGGCAACCAAGAGUAAGCUGACAUUUUACUGUUGCAGAGUUGUUGUUUUUUUCUUUCCUUCUUUGCAAUACAGUUUUGUGGGGUUUUUCGUUUGUUUAUUUAUUUUGCUUUUAUCCUAAUAAGUACUUUUUCAAAGUACCACAAAGUGGGUGGCUGAAAACAAGAGAAAUUAAUUUUCAUACAGUUCUAGAGACUAGAAGUCCAAAAGCAGCGUGUCAGCAGGGUUGGUUCCUUCUGAGAGCUCCGAGGCAGAAUCUGUCCAGGCCUGUCUUACCUUCUACUGAUUGCUAACAAUUCUUGGCAUUCCUUGGUUUCUAGAUGCAUCACUCCAGUCUAGCCUUUAUCUCCACAUGUCACUUUCCUUGUUUCUGUGUGCCUUUUCAUGGUCCUAUUCUUGUAAGGACACCAGUCAUAUUGGAUUAGGGGCCCAGUCUACUCCAAUAUGACCUCAUCUUGACUAAGUACAUCAGCAACAACUGUUAUUUCUCACUAAGAUCUAAUUCUGAGAUUUUAGGGUCUUGGACAUCAACAUUUGGCAGGGGGGAGGGGCAGAAAUACAGACCCAUAACAGUAUAUCUGUCUCAAGUAGGGUUCUCCAUAGUAACAAAGCCAGUAGGAAAUAUAUCUAUACCUCUCUAUUUAAUUAUUUUAUACUAUAAAUGCAUAAUUUUUAUCUAUUAUUUAUCUAUCUAUUUAUCUAUAAUCUAUCUAUUUUAGGGAUUUGGCCCACAAAUCUAUCUAUUUUAGGGAUCAUCUAUCUAUUUUGGGGCCUGGCAAAAUCCAUAAGGCAUUACUGUCAGGCUGAAAACUUAGGCAGGAUUUCUAUGUUACAGUUUUAAGACAGAAUUCCUUCUUCCCUGGGAAACCUCAGUUUUUGCUCUUAAGGAUGUGGUCCAUUUUUUUUUUUUUUAAUAUUUAUUUAUUUUUGAGUGAGAGAGUGUGAGAAGGUGAGUAGCAGGAGACACAAAAUCUGAAGUAGGCUCCAGGCUCUGAGCUGUCCGCAUAGAGCCCGACACGGGGCUUGAACCCACGAACUGUGAGAUCAUGACCUGAGCUGAAGUCAGUUGCUUAAUCAACUGUGCCACCCAGGAGCCCCUGAUGUGGCCCAAUUUUUUUAUGGAGAGUAGUCUGCUUUACUUAAAAGUCAACUAAUUAUAAAUUUUAAUGACAUUACAAAAUACCUUCAGAGUAACAUCUAGACUACCAGUUUGACCAGACAGCUGGCAGAUAGCCAAGUUGACACAUAAAAUUAACCAUCACACUCAGCAAAAAUAAGAUAAGGAAAAUCACAAAAUGAAAAAAAGACAGAAUAUGUGUAAUUAAAAAUCUCUUUGGGUAGGGGCACCUAUGUGGCUCAGUUGGUUGAGCAUCCAACUCUUGAUUUCAGCUCAGGUUAUGAUCCCAAGUUUGUGGGAUCGAGCCCCACAUUGGGCUCCACAUGGAACAUGGAGCCUGCUUAACAUUCUGUCUCUCUUUCCCUCUGCCCUUCUUCCAUGCUUUCGCCCUUUCUCUCUCUAAAAAAAUAAAUAAAAUGAAAAUAAAUAAUCUUAUAUCACUGUGUUAUUUAAAUAUCUUUACUUAAUGCUUGCUUUGCACAUCUGUUAAUAGAAUAAUCUGAUCAAGAGAAAGUUCUCUAUAGUGCAAAGAGUUGGAUUCCCAGAUAGGAACUUAAUUACUACUUGGUUCAUUUAAACUCUUUGAAGUGCAUUUUCUCAUCUGUAAGAUAACAAAACUACUACCUUAAAGAGAUGUCCACAUACAAGUUCAUCAAAUAAAAUAAUAUAAUUUAAAACAUUUUAAAACCAAAGUGUUCAAUGUGCUCUACAUAUUAUUAACAAAUUUUGUGUUUCCUGUCUUCUGCAUAACAUACUGGUCAACAUACCAUUAUAGGUAAAAGCAGAAAUUUGGAGAGAACAAAUAUGAAUAAUAAAUAAUUGUUAAAAUAAAUAAUGAUACAUCCAAAGUGUGUGAUAAUGUGCUUCCAUUAACACAAAUACAGAGGAUUUAUAUUUUCUACCAUAGAAAGAUGUCCAUGACAUAUUAUGAAAUUAAAAGUAAACUUGUAACCUUGGAAUCCAAGAUGAGAGAUUAAAUGUCAAACUGUAAACAUUAUCUUUUCCUUGACAGUGGGGGUAGGGUGAUACAGGGGGAGUUUCAGUUUUCCAUGUAUGCACUGUUUGAAUUUUUAAAAGAAUAAAUUGGGUUACUUUUGUAAUAAAGAUUGAAUUCACUCUCAAAUAUUAAAAAUAUUUAAUGAAUUUAAAACUACUGCAAUAAUCUGAGGAAUAUCAAUUAUAUUUGGGUACAUCUAGAGAUCUACAUUGUUCCUCUGGUUUGUGCAUGGGAGCAACUCACAUACGGAAGGAAUUAUACUGCUAUUAUAUUGUUAUGUAUCAGCCAGCUAAAAGUGCUUCCAAAAGGACAAGGGCCAAAAUAUUAAGGAGCAUUUCCAAAUGGAAGUUCUUGAAAACAUGCCAGUGUUUGGAAGAACUUUUUAUUUCAUUAACUGAAUGCAGAUUUUACUUUUCUUGUCCCAAAGCUAAAGGAUUUGAUUUAUCACCCUAUCUAGUUACUAAUGGAGAUAUUUGGGAAGUAGAAUGUGAUGCUGUUGAUGCUAUUGAACUGUUUAGCACCCAGGAGGAUAGAGAGGACAGCAUCUUUGAGUUUGUGAAAAUGAGAAGAGAGCCAAUUCCUAAUUAAAUAUUUCCUUGAAUGUGGCAAGAACAAGAGUGUUCUAAAAACUGAUAAACACUUGGGUUACAUCAAGGACUUUUAUAUUCCCGUCUUUAUUAUGCCAGAUGUGUGCUGCCAACUUAAGUAAUUACUGUUUUCCCAGUAGGAAGUUUGCUGAAAUGUAUUUUUGCUCAAAAAUAUGCUAACCAAAAAACCAUUUUCCCCCCUUUUGAGUUUUUCAUUUUUACAAAUGUGAGAAAUGUAUAAAACCUUUUUUAAAGCUUCACAUAGUAUCAUUUAUAGGGGAAAGCUUUUUGAUAUAAUACAGAUAUAGAACCCAGAGACUUGCCAUGAAAAAACUUAUCUGGACAGUUUUCAUCUUCGAUAACAUA